AUGGUCAAGACACUCUCGUUUGGCACCCAGCAAGUCCCCGUCCCCGGGUUUGGAGCGAUGGGCCUUAAUCAUGCCAUGGGGACAGACUUCGACUAUGAGCAGUCCGAGCCAAUUCUUCUGAAAGCCAUUGAGCUAGGAUGCACGUUCUGGGAUACUGCGGUCGUCUACAAGCAGGGUGAGAACGAGAAGUUACUUGGAGACUUUAUCAAGAAGCAUAAUGUCCGUGACAAGGUUUUCGUUGCCUCUAAAUGUGGAUUUGAUGUCUCUGGCCCCGUACGCAAAGUCAGCAACUCGGCGGCUCACAUCAAGGAAACCAUUGAAGGGACGAUCGACAGGCUUGGCUUUACUCCUGAUCUGUACUACCUACAUCGGAUUGAUCCCAACACGCCCCUCGAAGAGUCCAUCGGCACCCUGGAUGAACUCCGUCGCGCAGGGAAAACAAAGUACAUCGGACUAUCCGAAUGCUCUGCUGCGACUUUGCGCAAGGCAAACGCCAUCGCCAAAAUUGACGCCGUGCAAGCCGAGUACUCUGCGUUCGAGACAGUGCACGAGACAACUGGCCUGAUCGAGACAGCGAAGGAGUUAGGUGUGGCGUUUGUGGCUUUUAGCCCGUUGGGUCAUGGCUGGCUUGUGGAUGACUUUCAGUUCCAGUCGCCAGAUGACUUUGCGCCGACUGAUUUCCGCCGCACUGUUCCCAAAUUCCAAGGUGAAAACUUCUACAAGAACAAAGCCAUCGUGGAUGAGAUCAAGAAGCUAGCGACCAAGAAGGGGUGCUCGGUUGCGCAGAUCGCCCUCGCUUGGGUUGCUGCGCAGGGGUUGAUUACCAUUCCUGGAACGACGAAGCCCUCGCGCCUGGAGGAAAACUGGACAUCUCGGGACGUUGAGCUGACUGAGGACGAGCUGAAGGAGAUGCGGAAAAUCGUGGACGAGGCUAAGCCGAUUGGUGAUAGGUUCAAUCCUAUCCAUCAAUCCAUGGCUGGUCAUUAG